AUGACUGGUGUGAACAUGUGUGGGAGCUUCUCCAACUGGCCAGAUGUGAUUGCGCAGGCGUACGAAAACCUUGAGCCGGGCGGCUACCUUGAGCUUCAUGACAAUAUGUUCCCACAGACGUGUGACGAUGACACCAUGACUGAGGACUUUGUGCCCUUGAAAUGGACAAAGUGUAUUGUCGAGGCUACUGAUAAGAUAGGCCGCGUAAUGACUGCUGCUGCUAGCUUCAAGAGUAUGCUAGAGAAUGCUGGCUUUGUGGAUGUCGUUGAGAAGAAAGCAAAGUGGCCUUUCAACCCGUGGGCCAAGGACGAGAAACAUAAGGAGCUUGGGUAUUGGGCUCAAGAAUCUGCCCUGAAGGGAAUCGAAGCCAUCUCGAUGGCAGCGUUCACUCGUGUCCUCAAUUGGAGCCCCGAAGAGGCGAGAGUCUUCUGCGCCGAGGUCAGGAACGAGCACAAGAAGAUUGGAAUUCACGCGUACUACGAAGUUUAUGUCGUCUGGGGCCGGAAGCCUGAGGAGACGGAAGAGAAGGAGGCGAGCCAUCCCUAG